CUUCGCAGCAUCAACAAGGCACACGGCAUUGAAUCCAACGUGAGCGACAAGAGAAGAGUGCGAAGUGGAUCGACCAGAUCAAUUCAGGCGCUGAUUCGCAAAUCUCCGUAUAUCGCCUGCAUCCGAGUUGCAUCGCCCAGGAUAUCCAUCAUGACCGAUACGGAAGUGGCCCAGGCCGAGAAGCCCGCCGUCAAGAACGGAGGACAGGAGAACGUGGACCCGGAAUCGACCGCCGCAGACGAAGGGGUGGUCGUGACACCCGAAUUGGAGAAUAAAAUCAUUCGACAAGUUGAGCAUUACUUUGGGGACUUUAAUUUGCCCCGGGACAAGUUCCUGCUCGAGCUAACCAAAGAAAAUGAAGGAUGGAUUCCCAUGGAGACCAUGUUGAAAUUCAAGCGCCUAAACCAGAUGUCAUCGGAUGCUUUGGUGGUGCUGAAAGCCGUGCAAAAGUCCACCCACGGCCUCAUGGAGGUGGAUAUCGAAAAGCAAUCGCUCCGCCGCCUUCCGGAAAAAACCGUACCCGAGUAUGACGACGAACGCAAGAAGAUCUUGGCCGAGUCCACGGUCUAUGUUAAAGGGUUUGACAAGGAAAACACGCAGUUGGAGGAACUCAUCGAGCAUUUUGAGCAAUAUGAGAACGUGCUCAAUGUGAGCAUGCGCAACUACUACGACAAGAAAACCGAAGUUCGUGGAUUCAAAGGUUCCUUAUUCGUCACGUUCAAUGACAAGGCCAGCGCCGAAAAGUACUAUAAUCUCAAGAACCUUAAAUACAAGGAUGCCGAGCUCGAAGUUAAAUGGCAAAGCGAUUACUUUGCCGACAAGAACAAGGAAAGCGAAAACAAAGUCAAGAAAGCCAAGGCCGAAAAACAGAAGCUGAAAGAUGCCAAAAAGGCGGCUGAGGAUGAGGACAAAAAAAAGGCCGUGGAAGCUGAGGAGUUACCCAAAGGCGCUGUCCUGGUCAUCAGCAAACUCUCCAACGAAACCAUGCGUGAAGACAUCAAGAGCCAACUAGAAAAAGAUUGCCAGAGCGACCCCAACGACAUUGCCUUCGUGUAUUUUCAAAAAGGCGAAACCGAGGCCAAGCUUCGGUUCCGCGAGGCCAAUAAAGCAGUGGAACUGAAGAAGAAGAUUGAUGACCUCGGGAAGCUGACCAUCCAAGACACGGAAGUGGAGGUUCGUGUGCUGGAGGGUGAGGAAGAGGAAGAGUUCCUCAAGAAGUGCGUUCAAGACAUGAUCGAAAACAAGAUGAGUCGCAAGGGUCACAAGAGGAAGCACGGAGGCCGAGGCGGUUUCGGUGGAGGCCGUGGUGGUGGACGGGGGGGAAAGCGUUCGCGCCAUUAGGUAAAUGAGCCAUGAACAACCAAUCUUGUGUAUAAGAUAUAUUAUUCUUAUGAAAUUUCUCGCGUUAUGAUAACUGUUCACUAUGAAACGUCUUAAUACUAUGCUGUUCAAUAAAUAAGUGAAUUAUCAACGAAAAAUAA